AUGUCUAAUUUCGAACCAAAUGCCAUUAUUCGCGGAGCCCAGCUUACAUUAGUAGGAGCCCAUAGAGCUCUGCAGAACCCGUCCCUCUUCAAGUCGCAACAUUACAGGCAAGCAGCCCUCGCGGUUUGUGCCGGGAUUGCAAUUCGACUCAUAAUUUCUAUUCCAGUUGUUGGAGUUAAGUUCGUAAUAUGGCUUCUCUCCUGGGUUGUCAACUUGGACGCGGCAACAUGGGACGAUACAAUCAUUAGCCAUCUUGACUUUAUAUCAACAUACGUCCUACAAGUGCCAUUCUUAUUGAUGACCUUGAUGCGCUAUCUUACUCCUACAUUAGACGAUAUGUUUAUGGAAUCUCUCCGAUGGGUUGAUUCGACCUAUAUCGAGAAACACAAGUCAGAUCAUCCUGAGGGUUUGCGAGCCCUGUAUUAUCCCCACCUCAGGAUGUAUUCAGUCAGGAGGGAUGGCGCCACCACUUCAACUUUGGCCUCGUCUCUUACAACUUUUGUGAUCCGAUAUGGCCGGAGAACUGCCACCUCGCUCGCUGUCUAUUUGCUCUCGCUGCUCCCAGUUGUUGGAAUAUUUGUGAUCCCAGCUGCCAGUUUUUACGCCUUUAAUAAAGCGCUUGAACCAUAUUUCUCUCGUAUCAAGUACACGAAAGAACAAAAGAGGCUCUGGUUUCGUGACCGAGCAGGUGUGCUUUUUGGAUUUGCGAUUGGCUUCUACACUAUGCUUACAGUACCUCUGCUUGGGGUUCUAGUGUAUGGUAUUGCAGAAGCGUCUACAGCAUAUUUAAUUACCAAAAUUACAGAUCCCCCCCCUCCACCGGCAUACUCCGAGGGAUUCGCGGCAAGCCAAAUAAGUUGGCGAAACAAGCAUGCAUUUCUUCGGCUAUCAUUAGGUUCUCUGGAUGUGUACAAUAUUCAGGCUCUUGGCGAGGGACACACUGUCGACAAGAGAGAUGAAAGGGAGCCGCAGAAGAUAUUCAGCUGA